ACUUCGGUUACUUCAGUGAAGCGGUGCGUACGUACCUGACGGACGGUGGUUCUGUUGUUCGCGCGAACUGGCUGCUCCGGCCUGUCUGUUAGUGUGUGUCAUCCCAAGACGGUAGACACCUUCCCGACUGUGUGCUGUUGUGCCUGCUGUAGUAUUGUAGUUUCUUUGCACGUUGUCGCGACCGCACCCAUCACAAAGCGUUGUUUCGAACGUGUAACGGCCGUGACAGCAACUUACCUGUCGACGGUUACUACGUCAUCGUAGAAAGGAUAUCGAAGAAGCGCAACCGCAAUCAAAACGAAUCCGUCAACUGUGUCGUGUCGCAGCAAGUGUAUAAAAGUGUUCUAAGCGGUUUCAUAAGUUCAAAGGAACGCAUGCACACACAGCCCCAUUCCGGGAUAGGCAAGUGUGCGUUGCUAGUGCGAGUGUUGCAAGUGAACGACAACAAGUGUGACGCGGCUCGCAGUGUGUUUUUUUGUGGCGUAGAGUGAGGUUAGGGUUUUUAUUGCGUUACGCGGUUGCUGGGUGAUGCGAUCCCGGAUCCCAUGGGAAUGUUGGCGGUGAUCAUAAGCUGUACCGUGGGUGAUCAACAAUCGAUAGCAAGUGUGUGUGUUGCGUAUCAGCCAGGUGAAACCAAGUGAUAUACAUAAUCUCCCCUCGCGGAAUAUAACAAGGGAGACGACCGAGUGGUGGUGUACUAGCUGGCGGAGGUGUAUGUGUGUCAGCGACGUGCUGUGAAUCAGUGCUAAACCAUGAAAAGCCACAGUCGUGCGCGGACUGUGAAACGUUGGAAAAAUCGUCUAAAAUGGCGAUCGCUGGAGGUGUUCCCGGUGCUGACCGUGUUGUUGGUGCUGCUGGCAGGUGUUACUGUGCCGGGCAAGUGUCAGGAAGAGGAUGUGGAAGUGUUCGACGAUCAGCACCACCAUCCGGAUCGUGAUUAUGAGCAUGUGCCUGCACCGAGCAGUAAAGAAAUCAUCACCAACCACAUCGUACCGGACCACGGCGAUGUGGAAGGUGCUGCCGGUGAUUCACACUACAAGGAGGGCGGCGAACAGGACGGUGCCGGCGCCCGGUACACCGAGAUCGGGGGCGAUGUGGUGCUGGGCGAGAAGGUUCUCCGGGCGUCCGAGAGUCCUUACUCGAUGCGCACUGACCUGGAGGUUGAACGUAGGGCGCGACUCAUCAUCGAGGCCGGCGUAACGAUCCACUUCGCACCGAUGGUCGGCAUUACGGUGCGCGGCUCCGUCGUGGCAAUGGGUAAUGCUGAAAACAAAAUUACACUCACCACAAUGCCCGACACGGGCUACAAGGAUGUCCCAUCCGAUCCACGUGAAGCCGGUGCAAGACUGGUGGAUGGCCCGAACCCACUCGCCGGACGACUUCAGCUGCUUAACAACGGCAAAUGGCGGUCCGUUUGUUCAAACUCGAAAAACUGGACCAUCGCAGACUACGAAACCACCUGCCGACAGAUGGGCUAUAAGGGAGGGCGCUUCUGGAACUGGAUGGAUCGGAUCUCCAACUUCGAGCCGCGGCUGCUGUACGAAGAGCCACGGUGUCUCGGUACCGAGGGUUCACUGUUCGACUGUGCCUGGAACUCGAAGCAGGUCGGUUCGGGUGUGUGCGACUACCACAGUGACAUCGGCAUCCAGUGUUUGCCACUGUUCGACCAGGUGACACCCCAUUGGCGUGGCCUAAAGUUCGAGAAUGCCGAAAGCAAGGAGACGCUGUCGUACAACCAUGUACUGUACGACUCCAUCUCGCUGUCCCAGCUGCGGCACGUUGACAUAAUGCGUGCCGGUACGGGUCGUGGUGGAUCGGCGGAAGCUGCCAUCGGUGUGCUGGGUGUUCCACCGGUGCUGGAGUUUGUAACGAUCGACCAUUCGUCGUACACGGGCAUUAAUGUGACGAAACACGACGCUGCGUUUAGCUUCCGCAAUGUGACGGUGCGCCGCAGCCGAGGCUUCGGUAUCUUCAUGAACUCGAGCUACGGGUCUGCCCAUCUGGAGGGCGUAACGGUGAGCGAAAAUGGGGCCGAUGGUAUCCGGUACGUGGGGCACGAUUUGCGCGCCGACGAACGAACGGACCGUAGCAAGGUGUUCGAUUUCUGCACACUUACCUCAACGGCGUGGCAAAUCUAUCCGCUGCAGCUAUCGUUCGAACAGUCACCCUUUGCACUCUCGCCGAAGGAAUGUGCCCGUUCGUUUGAAACGGCGUUUGGGUAUGUGCUGACGAUGCACUUUGUGUACUUCGAGCUGGCCAGGAACGAAUCGGCACAGAUCUCCGUGUACGAUGGAAUGUCGGAGAACGAUCGUUUGCUGGCGUUGUGGGAUGUACGAAACUCGACCCGGCCACAGAGUGUUACGAGUACGAGGGAAAAGCUGUUCAUCAAGCUACGAGCUGAUGCAAGAUCGGCCGUUCUGGCACACUUCCGAGUGACGUCCGGUGUUACCAAGGCGUUCGAUUUGAACGUUACGCAGGGCGUGGUUGUUGAUAAUGGAGGGCGUGGAAUUGCUGUCGACAACUUAAGAUCCCAGGUGCACGUGCACGAGACGACGAUCAGCAACAAUCGGCAUGCGGCAGGAUUGCACGUUACGAGCGGUGCCGGUGACGUUAAUGUAACGCACUCCACGAUCAACUUUAACCAGGGCGACGGCAUCAACAUUACGUACUACGGUGGCAACAGGAACGUUUCGCGCAGUGCCAUCGAGGCGAACCGUGGGUACGGGUUCGCUAUAUGGUUGAAUCAAUCAACAACCGAACGACGAGAGUUUUUGGAGUUUAACCAAACCACCACCAUAGAGUACUCGACGAUCGCACGCAAUCUGGAGAUAGGAGUGUUGCACGGGAACUAUUGCGGUGACUCGUGGGUAAACAUUACGGGCAAUUUGUUCAACGAUAGUACGAGCGAUGCGGUCGACAUUCAGUCAUGCUGGUUUGAAACAAUAGCCCACAACCGGACGCGACUACAGAUAGGACACAACAACUUUGACCAUUCGCACCGUAUCGCUAUCGUGCUGAAUCCGAUCCUAAACCUUGAGGGAAGGAUAGAGUACAAUCAUUUUACGCGCGGCCGGUACGGUGCACUGCUGACUCGCAACAAACCGCUGGAAGAAUUCCGCCCACUGCCGGUGCGAAUGAUCGUACAGCACAAUCACUUCAUGAACAACGAAGGGAUCUACGUUGCGUCGUUGGGCCUUUCGCCCAACACCGACAGCAAGACGCAGUCGAUGCUAUUUACGCGCAACUUUGUCAAAGGAAACCGCGUGAAGGAAGCGUUCGGACCGCUGGAGGAUGAGGGCGAAGGUUUGGGAGGCGAGGGUCGUUUGAAUCCUCGAUCGCGUGUCGCCGCCCCGGUGGUGAUUUCUUCGAACAAUGUCGACGUCUUCCGGAACAUCAUCUCGAACCAGGAGUCACGGUACGAGGUCGGUUCGCAACUGUCCGAUCAGAGCAAAGCUUUAAACGUAACGUACAACUGGUUGGGCAAUCAGGACGAGGAGAAGAUUUACGAUCGUCUGUUCCACCGGAAGGAUCGGUACGAUCUGGCAAAGAUUGAGUACUUCCCGUAUCUUCUGCACCAUUCGAACCCAGGCACACAGACAAUCGCACAGUACCAGAAGUUUGUACCCUUUUUCCACAAAGAAGGCAGCGAACGAAUCGGGGGAGAAGUCGACGGCCAGGAAAUACUGCCGGCGGGAACCUAUACUGUGGAACGUGACAUUAACGUACGGCCUGGUGGAAAGUUGAUCCUGAACUCGGGAGUCAUCCUUAACUUUGCGCCAAGCGUAGGCAUGAUGGUGACGGGCAAGCUGGAGGCAAGAGGCCGCGCUCCGGAUGAUAUUCUGUUCACGCUGAAGCGAGAAGCCGUCAUGCUGGAGAACGAUACGACCGAAGCGAUCGUUGACGAUCAAGAGUUCGCCAUGGACAUCGAGACGGAAUCUAUCGUGGAGAAGGUGCCACACGAACCGCAAACACCCAAAGUUCCGGUACGACUCGUUGGUGGUGCAAACGAUCACGAAGGCCGGCUGCAGGUGUACACGGAGGGUGUAUGGGGUACGGUGUGUGACUACGGAUGGACCAUCACGAAUGCGGCACUCGUGUGCCAUCAGCUCGGAUUGGCACUGAACCCGAUGGAUUGGCGAUUGCAGCGUUCCGAGGUUCCUGGCGCUGGUACGACGGAGGACGUACUGCUGUCGAAUGUUCGCUGUACCGAGCACGACAUUGACAUUACCAAGUGUCGUGCGGAACGUGCGUCACAAGGUGACUUCGAGAACUCUUGCGGACAUGAAAAUGACGUCGGCGUACGGUGUUACGAGGGUGCUUGGGCUGGACUGCGGUUCGGUGUGUUGGCCGAGCGAGCAGACCUGCAGUACGUCACAAUCGAGAAAGCUGGUCUGUUUGACUAUGUGACCAAUACUUUCAAACCUGCGCUACAAAUGGAUCUUGCCCGCCACAAUCUCGACAGUGUGCGGGUGGUUGAGAACCUUCAGGACGGAUUGGGAAUCAUCUAUUCCGACAUCUAUGCAGGAUCGUCGGUGAACAAUGUGAAAAACUCUGAAUUCUCUGCGAACCGUGGUAAUGGUAUCAGCAUCAAGCAGCUCGGCUUGAAGGUGCAGGGCAGCAUCAUAAAGGACAACCGAGGAUCGGGCAUCAACCACGAUCAGGUCGUUUCAUCCCUGGAACAGCGCGAAAUUACCAGCUGGUUCAACAUGGUGCCGGACUUCAAUGUGGACGAUUCGGAUUACCGGCCGAUACUGGUGCCGGAAAGCACCACCACCAACAUCGACAUCGACCAGUGGCAGAUUAAGCACAUCAUCACGACACCGGUACGAAACGAUCCGGUCGAGCGAAAGAUCAUCAUCCAGUGCCAACCGGGGUACGUUAUCGGAAUACAGCUGCUGAAUCCGAUCGAGAAUCGUUCGACGGAAAACAUCUGGAUACACGAUUCGCUUACGGGAAGUACGGAGUCGGACAUCUGGCAGGUUAAGCGCGAUCUGUCGGUGUUUCCCUUGACGACCAGCAGCUACGGCGCCAUCUUGCAGUAUCGCAGUGGAACGAAUGCGCUCGGUGGAGCGGUAUUGGUGCUUCGAUCCAUCCAGGCACCGAUUCAGAAUAUCUACAAUCGUAUCGUACGAGGCCCGGUACCAACGCUCCAAAUAACGUCUACCAAGAUUCAGCGUAACUUCCGCGGAAUUACGGGCACGUACUACAACCGGUAUCUGGGUGAGUCCGGUGAGCUGUAUCUGCGAAAGGCGAACGAAUCGAUCAAGCUGGUCAACUGCGAGAUAAGCCACAAUCGCGAGGAGGCCGUCUUCGUGCAUUCGCCGUUCUGGGACGUACACGUGAGCAACAUUUCCGAGAUCACGAUACACAUCAACAGCAGUAUGGUGCGGGACAAUGGUCGGGGCAUCAGGCAAUUUUCGAAGGAUUUACGCUCGUCCAACAAUCUGUUCCACUACGUACUGCAGGACACGACGGUCGAGAGCAAUUCGUACGGUGGGCUUGAGCUGAGCCUUCCGUACGUUUGGCAGUACAACGAAAACUUCACACACUCCGUGUUUCUGGGCAACGAUACGUGGGCUAGGAACCGCAAGUUUGGUAUACUGAUCGAUGGACACUACGCGGCAGUAAACAUCUCGUCCAACAUCUUUACCGAGAACGUGUGCGCGCAGGGUGUGAUCGGAUUCCGGGGCAUGGAGAAGAAGAUGCGGAUCGAUAACAAUCGCAUCACGCGCAACUACGGUAGCUACAUGAUUGAGUUCCGGUCGGACAGUCAAAGCGAAAUAUUGGGUGAGAUACCGGCGCUGCUCGCAUUCAACCAGAUCGAGAGCAACGAGGAGCUGAAAGACUCGCGAUCCUCGAUGCGCAAUUUCAUCCGCGGCGAACGGAACAACGCAAACGAUCCGACCUGUGUGAUCGGUUUCGGAGGGGUGCAGAAGGUACAAAUCUAUCGGAAUGUCAUCUCAAACAAUCAGCAGGAUUACGAUUUGAUUGCGGGCGUAAAAUCGGCACGGUUGCGGAACUAUCUGGAUGCGCGCGAAAACUGGUGGGGAAGCAGCGAUGAGCAACACAUCCGGAAGAGGAUAUUCGAUUUUGACGACUGGAACAAUCACGCCGAAGCGCUGUAUCGGCCUUACCUGAUUGAGGACAUCAUCGAUGGUAGUGUGUCGGUGAGCGAAGGGCCGAGCCCACCGGUCGAUUUGAAUGCCCUAGGCGGACGCAUUCUGGAGGAUUUGUCGAUCUACAGACGGGAGCUACCGUACGUGAUACGGUCCGACAUUACCGUCAUGCCGGGCGUGACGUUCAGCAUCUUCCCCGGUGUGGUGAUGGAGUUUGCACCGAACGUGGGUAUUCUGGUGCUGGGUACGCUAGUAGCACGCGGCACGAGUGACGCCGAGGUUAUCAUGAAACCGAUCGAAAGUGCUUCGGAAGGCCUUUAUCGAGUGGAGCGAUCGCUCGAGAGCAUGGUCAACUACGAUUCGAUCCGGCUCUGCACCAACCGAAACUGUUCGCAGGGUGAGGGAGAAAGCGCACGAGCGAAAGAAGGUUUCCUUGAGUACUACAACCACACAACGCUGCAAUGGAUACCGAUCUGCGAUCGACGAUUUACGGAGCGUAAUGCGCAGGUGGUUUGUCGCGAGCUGGGGUACGAUCCGCUGGAUGUGUUCUUCGAUCACGAUCGCCGGAUCGAGUUCCAUACAAACUCGUUGACCCGAAUCUGGUCGUGGGUCGAGCCGAUGGAGUGUCACGGUGAUGAGUUGCGGCUUGAAGAAUGUCCCGAGCGCUUGAAUGGACAGCUGUACGGACGGCGGCACGAGUGCCAGUGGGACUCGGAGUUUGUGUUCAUCAGCUGCAAUGGAGAGCCGGAGCGGCGCAACUACUGGGGUGGAGUACGGUUUGCGAAUCAAGACUUUGAGGCGAGCAUGUACGAACAUCGACUGCACGACACGUUUGCACAUUCUACGGCGCGCCCAGUGGAAAGCGUAAUGGAUUUCGUUCGCAUACAGCGGGCCGGUAUGUUGCACGGCGAGAAGUCACCCGCGAUACAGACGAUCGCCAAGAAUCCCAGUAUCAGUUCGGUAUCGAUACGGGACAGUGCGCACCACGGUGUGAAUCUAAUCUCGCCAACGAACGCGAUACACCUGAAUCAUCUGCAGAUCUUGCGCAGUCUCGGGCAGGGUAUCAAUGCGAUCUCGCUGACGGGCGAAGGGCGGGAAAGUGAUGAGUCGAGCUACAGCCCUUUGAAGGACCUCGACUUGCCGUACAAUCUGUUCUCGCUGGUCGAUAUCUGCGACACAAACAAGGAGAUCACUCUGGAGGAGCGAGUGCUGGUGUACUACAAGUACGACAAUAAUCCGGUCAACUGUGUUAAAAUCUUCAAGAGUGCUUACCGUGUGAAACCGCUCGGAUUCCGCUUGCUGCAGUCGAAUCUGUUCAACCAUUCGAAGGAAUACGGGCGGCGGGACAUGAUUCAGCUGAUGGAUGGUGAUAUCUACAACGUGUCGGCUCGUGUCAUCGGUACGGUCGACGCGGAUUCGGACAACCAGAAGCGACUGUUCCGCACGAGAGAACCAGCGCUUAGCGUGCGGCUAAUUGCAAGUGGAGCACCGGCAAGGCAUGGCUUUAUCGCGGAAGUGGUGACGCUACCGAUUUCAGCAAUUGGAUUCAAUCGUGAUGCACAACACAAUAUAUCGAACUCAGAGAUACAGGGAUGUGUUGGUGGCGCACUCCAGUACACUUCGGUCGGGGAAGUGUCCCCGAUGCUGACGCUGGAAAGAAACCGAAUCAUGAACAAUUGUCGUCAGCUGUACGGAAACUUCUCAUCUUGCGAGUCGGCGAUCCGAAUCGACGUACAGAACAUGCAGUCGUUGCAUUUCAGGAACAAUCUAAUCCAAUCCAACCAGGGUGGUGUGUCGAUUCGGGCGGACUCUCGAGGAUCGGCUACGUCGUUGCGGGGCUGGAUCCAUCACAAUCUCUUCACCCGUAACCGUAACCGACCGGCGAUCUACGUGGACGGGCGGCAAUCUUCACCGUACCAGGAGGUGAUCAUACACAACAACUACAUCACACAAAACGAUGCCACCUUCCGGGAUGUGGUGGUGCUGCGGCAGGUCGUUUCCAACUUUACCUACAACUAUGUGCACCGGAACAAGGGUUUGCGCAUAGUGCAGGUGUCCGGAUUCGAUCGGGUGCGACUUCCAAUUUAUCAGACAACAACCCACAACGGGUUUUACGACAAUGUGGCCACUGAUUGGGAAGGACGGGCGACUAUUGUUGCUGGAACGGCUGGUCAGCGAUAUGAGGAUAACAUUUUUGCCAAUCCGGACAAUGACUACGAAAUCAUAACCGUUAACCGAUCGAUAUUUGAUUUCCAGUACUGGAAUAGCACUCUGGACGUGUGGAAAACGAAAAUUGAUGCCCGCUAUAACUACUGGAGCUACAACGAAACGCUAGCGGUUAGCUCGCGUAUCCGCGAUCGGUACGACGAUAAUCAGCUGCUGGAAGUGUCUUACCUACCGCUGCACAUGAACAACCUGACCGUGCUGGACGGGAAGUGUCCACCGGGGUGGACGCUGCUGAUCGAUACCUGCUACAUGUACGUCGGUGCACCGAUGAGUUUCCGAGAGGCGCGAGACUUUUGCCGCUCGGACAAUGCCUCGCUGCCCUUCAUCCAUGGGGAUGCGAACGCGCUGUGGCUGUUUAUCGAGCAGCAGUCACGCUAUCUGCGGAACUACGAGCGGGUUUGGGUGCAGGAUGCCAACUACAUCGACCGGUGCACGUCCUUCCUGUACCAGAACGUCGAGGUGGAGGAGUGCCACAAUCGACAUGCGUUCCUGUGCGAAAUUGAUCCGAAGGUCGAAAUUGAUCCUCUCCACUGGACGGCAAGUGUAGAGGUGAUCGGUAUUAUUGUCGCCCUUGCAUUGGUUAUAGUGCUGAUUUGCGUGGUGUGCGUUUGCUGGUGCCAGAAGUCACGCUAUCGACACGCGCAACGUUUACAGCGACGCAACAGCAUCCGCCAGAGUAUGCGCAGUCUGAACAGUAUCGAUCCUCAGGGAUCGCUUCGAAGAAGAAAUUAUGCAAUGUCCCGUUCGACGGACACGCUACGAACAGCUACAACGAACGACUACAAACGAAUGGCAUCGAACGGUUCGAUCGAAUCCGUGGACAAGAGUGUCCUCAGCACCGAAACCAGCUACGACGUUUACGACCAGAAGCAGAAGCAACAGUACAGCAACGAGUACGCCGAGCAGCUGAAGAGUCAGCUCGGUUACAGCGAAAGCAAUGGAGCACCGUCCGAGUACAUCCCAGCCGCAAACAACGGUACGGGGCCGGCAAAGACGAAAGUGUACGGGCUGCCGGAGUACAGCAGCCAUGGUGGAAGUAUCGCGCUCGAGCUUGCAUUCCGUAACGAAGGCUUCCGGGACACGUCCACCACCUACUCGGGCGUGACCCGUAACAACUCGCUAAGCACUGCCAUCAACGAGGAAUCGCCCAUCAUUCACGCACCGGGUGGUGGUGGUGGUGGUGGUGGUGAGGAAGAUGUCGAAGAAGCUGGCUCCGAUUACUACGGCAAUUCGAGCACACUGCCGAUGCGGGUGCAGGAUAAGCUUUCGUUCCUGCACGAGCUCAAGCAACAUCUGCCCGAGUACGAGCCACCGACGACUUCGGUCAGCCACAGCAGCUUCCAGCCGGCUCGAAACUCGCAAACCGAAUCCCUGUCCGGUGUGUCCGGUGCCGCAUCGUACGCACCACAGCGAGGUCCACCGGCAAGACCGGCACCACCGGUUAUUCCACCACCCGCCGUCGGUCACGUGUACCAGCAACCCUCGAUACAGGUACGCCGGCCGGCACCACCCGAACCGGAACAAAUGCGUCGACCCGAUUCGUACAUGAAGGCUGUGAAGAAGUACGCUACCCCCGGCCGGGAACGAGACUCAAUACUGCCACCCCCACCACGGUCCGACAUCCAACGGCCAAAAACGGUGUACGAAUCGUCCGGCGAGCAGCAGCCGGCCGUCUCACCCAUCAUGGAUCCUUCGCCGACGACGCGGGCCAACUAUGCGCGCUCCAAGUCGGAAGCGUUGCUGGAAACGAAUUUCGACGGUACGGGCGCACCACCGCCAAUGCUAAGCGCUGACAGUCGCAGUUACUCGCAACCGCUCGAAACUGCAAUGUGAGAUAGGUUUUACGUUAGUCUAAUUAGCGAAUCGUCCGGCAGGGCAGGACACCGGGGUUCAAAUCCCAUCUGGGGCCGUUCCCCCCCCAUAGUCGGGACUGACUAUCCAACUAUGCGGUAUCACAGUAAGUCAAGAGGAUGUCGUUAGGCCAAGAAAGAAGGAGAGUGUGGUACGAUGUGCUUUCUAUAUUUGUUUUGUAAACGAAUUGUACAGUGUUAUAGGUUUAAGCAAAAAGGAAAACGAUUUAAAAUAAGGGCAAACAAAAGGGCACGAGUUAGGAGUGUGUGUCUGUGUGUGUUAAGGGUGAAAGCCCCGCAACAGGCACAUGCGCUUUUUAGUCGAAAGCUCGCCAAACGCUUGACAUUUGUACGGUUUCGAUUCGAUUCGGGUGCUUUCAGUAAAGCUUACAUGUUCUGUGUGUUCUGUGCGUUCGAUAGCGCAACAGCAAUAGGAACACUCAUUUAGUAUAAAAGCGGUUCUACAUUACACAAAAACAAAAAACACAAUCGUGAUAUAGAACGAAUAGAGUAGUUUGGUGUACUUGCCUGUGCAUCUCAAGCAUCACCCAUUGACGGUGCCUUAACGUUUUCAUUUCACAUUAUGCUAGCCUUUAUUGCCUGCCGCGUUUGGUUGGGCCAAGGUAUGUUAGGUUCCAUGACCAAUGAAAAAAGAAAUUCUUUACGUGAUAAAGGAACGAACUAAGGGACGGUGGCAGCCUUGUGUUGCAAUGGAAUAGAUUUUGUUCAAUGUUUUUAAAAAAGGAGAGGAAAAUAAUUGCUAGCUCUCGUGUUUAAUUUUAAUCAACGACAAUCGAUCGGACAAAGAAGCAUACACAUACACACGGUAUAGAUGUUGUAUUUGAAAGUGUUUGUUGCUAGCAGUUUGCGUUUAUAGUGUAAUGUAGAAUAAUGGUUCGAUUUUACAUUCGGCGGAAUAAAGAGCAACACGAAAGAAUGUUGCAAAAGGUGUAUACAACAUUAAAAAA